AAGAGCGAAUAUAUGAGUGUCAUUAUGUCGGAUGUACUUUGCGCACGAACAGUUCCAAAGAAUAUAGAGAACACAGGAAAACGCACGGCAAACCAUUUAUUUACGAAUGUAAAGAACCCAAUUGUAGAAAACAGUACAAUCAUAGGGGAUCAUUUCACUCUCACAAGAAGAGAAAUCAUCAACCACAUCAACUCAAAUCUCAAUGCGAAUGCU